UUACAAAAACCAAUGCAAUCACGCAUUAAUCCUUCUGCAUUUGCUUCUUUUCCUGCCAACUCCCCGCCAAGGAAUCAAAACCACUUUGUCUCUUCAUUCGAAAAUCUUCUAAGUGGAAAUGUCUCUCUCCCUCUCCUCCAAUGGUUUCAGUCUUCAUUCAACGAAGCUUCAGAGUUGCAAAAGAUGCAGCCCUUCUCAGCUACCCAACUCUCAAAUUCAGGUUAGUUUUAACAGUUACAAUCCUUCACUGCUUCUUCCUCUGUAUGUAUCAGAACCAACGAAGUUUUGCAGAAAAAGGGUCUGUUCUAUAACGGCUUCAACUGCCCCAGUUGUCGAGACUGCCAAAUCUUCUUUCAGAGACAAAAACCCAAAAGACAUCAAUGUCCUAGUCGUGGGUUCGACUGGGUAUAUUGGAAAAUUCGUGGUUAAAGAAUUGGCGCAUAGAGGGUUCAAUGUCAUAGCCAUUGCCAGAGAGAAAAGUGGAAUUAGAGGUAAAAAUAGCAAGGAAGAUACACUAGAACAGUUAAAAGGGGCUAAUGUAUGCUUCUCCGACGUUACCCAUCUGGGUUCUCUUGAGAAUUCUCUGGAGAGUUUUGGGUAUUCAAUUGAUGUCGUCGUGUCGUGCCUAGCUAGCCGAUCUGGUGGUGUCAAGGACUCGUGGAAGAUAGAUUACGAGGCCACGAAGAACAGCCUCGUCGUGGGUAGGAAUCAUGGGGCUUCCCAUUUUGUUUUGCUCUCAGCAAUUUGCGUACAGAAGCCUCUUCUUGAAUUCCAGCGUGCCAAGCUGAAAUUCGAAGCCGAGUUGAUAAAAGAAGCUGAGGAGGAUGCUGGAUUCACUUACAGCAUUGUUAGGCCAACUGCAUUCUUCAAGAGCUUGGGUGGGCAGGUCGAAUUGGUUAAAGACGGGAAGCCUUAUGUGAUGUUUGGGGAUGGGAAGCUGUGUGCAUGUAAACCAAUCAGUGAGCAGGACUUAGCUUCCUUCAUGGCAGAUUGUGUGUUGGGCAGAGACAAGAUCAAUCAGAUUCUCCCAAUUGGCGGACCUGGUAAGGCUUUGACUCCAUUGGAGCAGGGGGAGAUGCUGUUUAGACUUGUGGGGAGGGAACCCAAGUUCUUGAAAGUGCCUAUCCAGAUAAUGGACUUGGCUAUUGGGGUUCUUGAUUUUCUUGUCAAGAUAUUUCCUUCAAUGGAGGAUGCUGCAGAGUAUGGGAAAAUUGGGAGAUACUACGCGGCUGAGAGCAUGUUGGUUUUGGAUCCUGAAACUGGGGAGUACAGUGCAGAGGAAACGCCAAGCUAUGGCAAAGAUACACUGGAAGAAUUCUUUAAGAGAAUGCUCAGGGAAGGGAUGGCUGGGCAAGAAUUGGGCGAACAAACAAUUUUCUGAAUGUUGUCAUGUGGAAGGAGUUUGUAAAUUUGGGGUGAUGGGUGAUGCGUUUGUUUUAAAUGAAGGCUCAUUAAUGGGUGGAAGGGCCUGAAGCUUUCAACAGGAUGAGACAAUUUUGUAACAAUGCUUGGUUUGAGGUGUAUGAUUGAAUCUCUCAAUUGUGAAACCUGAAUUUGAAGUUGUACUGGUUACAAAACAAGAUAAACUAAUAGCAUGAUUAGUUCACUAUCUGAUGACUUUCCAAAUAUAA